UCUUGAAAGCCAUGGGUUUGCGUCUGUUGGGUCUCAGAACAGGCAACUAGCAGAUAUGGCGGUUUGAAACUUCCAUGGCCUCCUAGAAGUGCGGCAGAAAGUGCGCAUGGAGAACCAUGGAGCAAGAGAAGGCAAAGCUCAACAAGGGCAAAGCUCCAUGCAUGUGGCAGGGUGAAAGCAUGCAGCAAAAGAACCCGGAUGGCCUGAGGUGGAAAUCUGGAAACCUGGGGCAUCUGGGCGGUAUUCUCGACAGCGAUGCCAGCGCUGGUGCUGCCCGAGCAGUGCAUCGGACAGCUGCAGCAUCCGGAAGUCUGUCUUCCAGGCUGGACAGCUAUGCUUUCAUCGCACCGAAACUGAAGCAGACAGAGACGAAACGGACACAGGAGUUUGCUCCGGAGUCCACUGAGGUGUGUCCUGAAGUGGAUUCCUUGGUGCAUCAGCUGGCAACUGGCAAGGGCGAAUUCUUUGACUAUGUCGAUGCCCUGAACCCUCAGGUGGGCUGUGUGAUGUGCAUGCGCGACUUGCAUGAGACUGCAUUGUAUGAAGGCCGUCAUGAGGUCAAAGUCCUGCCAUGCUUCCACAGCGUUUGUGCUGCCUGUCUUCAGAGCUUGCUGGCCAGCAGCGAUGGGGAUGCCUUUGACUGCCCCAGAUGUGGCCGACGAACGCAAAAGAUGCAAGCUCUGCAUCAAUAUCUUCCAAACUUUGAUAUGCUGCAUGACAUCGAUGGUCAAAAGGUGGCCCAGAGUGAUUUCCUUUGCGAAGAAUGCACCUCCGGCUACCGAGCCGAAACAUAUUGCGAGGAAUGCAUCAUGAAUUUAUGUGAGAGCUGUACUAAGCAGCACAGACGCCGACGAGCAACCACGAACCACGUGCUGGUGACCCUAGUUGGCCAAGGUCCACAAGGGGCCGAGGCAGUCGCAGUGCCUGGAGUGAUGCCACGAAGAAUGUGGAAAACUGUUGACCCCUCAAUGGCCUCCAGCCUACCAGCGUCCUUGCUCCUAGUAGUAUGGCCAGGAGCCCCGUUCGUAGCGUCCGAUCGCUCCCAAUAGCAAUGGCCCGGCCUCCAGCCUUACUAGCGAUGGCCCUAAGCCAAGCCAAGCACUGCCGUCUGGCACCGGGGCACCGAUUGGGGCGCCAGGUCCGCAACAUCCACCGUGCGCAGUAUUGCGCGAUCCACCGCACCAGCCGCUACGAGCUCUACUGUGCGCCGGACAUGCUCGAUUGGAAGAGAGACAUGCUCGAUGGGAGAGCAUGAACAGAAAAAGGGGUUCGGAUGAGGAAAGGAAUCUUCUUCGAGACAGUGUUCAAAAGGUCCUAUAGAAGCCGAGCCUUUUAGCAAACUGCAUCUGAGACCGACGGCCCUUGAGCUGAGAAAAUGACCAAGACAGGUCCAAAGGUCUAAAGAGGUCUAAAGAGAACAUAGUAGCGUCCUUGUUACUACUAG